GUUUUGGUAGGCGGGCGCGUGAAACCGAGCCGGCCGCUUCACACGGAAAUAUCGAAAAUCGAAUGAUGAUGCCGAAUCAUUCCGAGAACGGAUUCGCUCGUUGGCGCGUGCUGUGUCAGCGGAAAAGACUUUAAAUGGCAUUUCUGGCAUUUCUGGCUGGUCGCGCGACGACAGCGUGCCGCGCGAUAGAAGAUAAUCGACAUUUUCCAUCGUAAUUUCAUUUCCUCUAUCGAUUUGAAUUGCGCGAGAGCCGGUGAUUCUCUUAUCGAAUCCCGCCUGAUUCCGCGAGUCAAUGAGGCGUGCCUUCUCGGGAAAUUAAAAAUCUUGCUCCUCCUCAGGCAGUUUAAUAUUUGCACAACAGAGAUACGUGGACUCGGCGUUUUCGCGUGUCGUUGGCUCGUCUCUAAUUGCGCGCGAAGACGGCGUUGGUGGAAUUUUUUGGGAGCUCGCGGAAGCUAUUACGACGCAAAUUGUUAGUUCUUGUUGGUGUGGUGCGCGCGCUCCGUACACACACACACACAUACACAUUCACACAACUGAGAAAUCACGUGGAAUUGUUGGAUCGAAGCAAGAAACGAGCGGAAUGGGCUUUGUGUGUAACUCGGCGUGUGGUUUCGGGGGAAGGGGGUAAGUUACAGAGAUGUGUCUUGCGCGUGAGUGGUCUCUAAAAGCCCGCUGCCAAGAGGUUUUGUUCGGUUUCGGCGCUCCCGUCUGGGGGUUGCGCUUGUGCGGUCUCAGGGCAUAAUGUACAGUCGCCCGGGUCAAAGGUGAUGGCACGUUUCACGCGCCCUCGACGAAGAAUGGCGAACACGACCGACUCACCCGCGACGACCGGCGACAGCCUUCUCUCGUCCUCGACGACGGCGCCGUUCACCACCCCGUCGACAUCGGCGAGCUACUCGAGCGAGGGCUACACCUUCAACUACAGCGGUCUGCCCAGCCUCGGCGGCUACUCGCUGGACGACCUCAACUACACGGAACUGUGGGUGGACGUCUGGAACGGCACCGAGGUCAACAACGUCACCGAGAGACUGAACACGACGGUGCUGAUACCUGACGGUUACUGCGACGAAUGGGAGUCCGCACAGCACAAGCUCUUCCAGGCGGCGAAUAUAUUUUUUGCCUUUGCAUUUCUGGUGCCGCGCUGGUUCAAGAUUUCCAUCUUGGCUCUUCGCACAUGUCUCACGGUGGGCUUCAUGCUGGCGGCCCUUUGGGCCGGGAUCACUAUAUGCGCCCUGGACGCCAUGCUGUGGUGCUUGACCCUCGGUCUGCUUAACGGCAUACACUCGUUGAUACUCGCCUGCCGAUUCUUGCCGCCUGCUCUCAGCCCCGAGCUAGCCGAGCUGUAUAUGAAGCUUUUUAAGCCGUACAAGGUCAGCAAGAAGCACUUCCAGGAGCUGGCGAAGGAGGCGAGGAUAUACAAGUUGGAUCCCGGACAGACUUACGCGACGGAGGGCGUCACGGCGGCGGAUGAGAGACUGUCGAUCCUUUUGCGUGGGAGACUGAAGGUAACUUGCGACGGGACCCACUUGCACUAUAUCAGAGCUUACCAAUUCGUCGACUCACCCGAAUGGGAGGCCAUGCACGAAAACAUCGACGACGUCUUCCAGGUGACGAUACGGGCCGAGGAAUACAGCACGUACAUCUGUUGGACGAGGAUCAAGUUGCAAAGGGUGCUGCGGCACAGGCCCCUACUCAAGGUUCUCCUCAACACCCUCAUCGGUAAGGACAUUACGUCCAAGUUGUACGCCCUUAACGAGCAGCUCGCUGGUGUCGCGACCGCCAGUGAGAACGCCACGUCGCAUCCUUACAGGGGAGUCUCGAGGAGCAUCAGCGUCGACGCUGUUAACACCGAAGUCGCCGGAAGGGUUCGAUCGGCGACCUGGAAGACGCAGAGGCGGCACAGUAAUCCGCGUAAUGAGAGGAAUAUCCCGCCUCGGUACUCGAACCAGUAUUGGGCGCCGGUGGUGGCGAACCAUUUCCCGCCAACCUCGCCGUUCACCCAGAGCCGGGACCUCGGCUACUCGUUACUGCCGCAGGGUGUCCAGUUCUCGCCACCUCCGCGAGCACCCUUACUAUCCCACUCUUCGUUGGCGCGGCAGCGAAGCGGGGGUGCCGGUGGCGACUACACCCUGCUACCUCAGACACCGAAGCUCGAGAGGAAACGAUCGAAAAAAGCGGCCCGGGAGGUAACUUUCGAGACUCCGGUAUGACGCUCGCUCGACGGGGAAGGCCCUGCCAGCGUGCCUCUACUCUCACUGUCGCCGCAGCGCAAAGCCUAGCCCCGUCGUGGUCUCGUCACCCUGAUGCACAUGGCGAAACUCACCCUCUAAAUCCUCGACGAACGACGCGACAUCAACGAAUGGCCUACGUCCAAACGAUCGAAAGGGAGCAACGUACCUCGGUACCGGGGAGAGUAGCUCCCGGUGCCGCGGGAGCGCCGGGGAAACGAAGCCGAAAUCGUCAAAUGGGGUGCAGUUUCGAUGUGUGCGAUUGAUUUUUCAUAUCCUGCAAGUGCCACGCCUUACACAGACACGCAACGCACGUGUGAAAUUGAACGCGACGGCGAUCGUGAGAAAUUGAUUCCGACGUUCAUCGGCCGUGAGGGCUUUCGUCGGAGUUCCGCAGCCGGAUCGAGAGGAGAGCCGAGUGUUCGGGGUGGACCGAGCGAUUCGUUCGUGGCUCAACAGUGAGAAGUGGAAGUUACGAGAUAAAGCAGAGGGGGAAAAUCGUGAACGAAAGACUAUAUAUAAAUAUAUUGUAUACUAUUGAUGGGGGAGAGAGAGAGAGAGAGAGAGAGAGAGAGAGAGAGAGAGAGAGAGAGAGAACAAGAGAAAGAGAGAGAGAGAGAAAGUAUGUGAGAGAAUGAGAUUGAGAAAUGGAGAGAGAAUGAUAAGAGAGAAAAAGCGUCGCCUCUGUGUACACUUUUACAUCGACUGUGAUUAUAACGGAUAUAUUUGUUAAGUCUUUCAGAGAAACGCUGAUUAUAUACAAUAUACCGAGAGACACGUGCGUAAUAAUUAGCCACCGCGGUAACCACACGCAUAUCCUACGCUCGCGUGAGUUAAGGUGUCCUCCGUGUUGUAUUUUCCGAAUCAUCUCUCGCCGAUUCCCGAUUCUAUUUUUACCAUGGCUUCUAUCUCGAGAUUUGCGAUCGCGUUAGAUCUUUUGUUAUUAUUGUUCCUUCUCUCAAUACUGAACGCCAUUUGUUGAAUCCACGGAUUUCUCGUUGAUGCGUCAUCACGAUAUAAGUUCAUUACCGAGUAUAUCGUUGACGAGGGACACCUGAACAGCGCGAAUUCGCCGGGAUCGUUGCAUAAAAUUAGUGCAUAAAAUGCGCACUCACGAUAAAUGUGAUACGUCGAGAACACGCAGCAGUUUCUACCCGAAACCGACAGACGAAAAGGAAAAAUAAAAACCAAGAUAUUGCAUUUGCACUCCCUUAAUCAAAUAGAGAACACGUUAAACGCAUAAAUGGGAAUGAGAACGAGAACAGAAGACAAGCCGAAUAAUUCAGGCGUAAACAAUAAGUGCUUCGUUAAAGAGAAAAAAAACAUAAACCUGCAAUAAAGUGCUUCGAAAAAAAGUAGUUGAUCGCGAGACACAAAUUAAAGCAAAGUUUAAUUAUUCACGUAAAUUAAAAGGAAAAAAAAAAUUAACAUGCGUCGCGCGUAAAAUAGACACGUAGAAGAAGAAAAAAACAUGUGUGUUUGUAUGUUUCUAUGUUUAUAUAAUCGCCGCGUGUGAGAGCGAGACCGUAGAAGAUCAACAAAGACGCACAAACGAUUAAAAACAAAACACGUGAGGAAGAUUAAAGAAGAAAAAAAGAUUUAAACGGCUGCGUAGUGGCGAGUGUAAAUGUUAUAAGCGCAAAAGUGGCUGUAGAAUAUUGUAAAAGUUAUGACACGAAGGAGUGUAUGAGAUGUCGAGAGGCGCACGUCGGAAAGGAUCGCGUCGUUGUUUUUUCCGGACAUUUCAAUUUCUCCAUUAUUUAUUUGGUCAAAUCGAACGAGACUGUUGCGAUAUUCUAUCAUUAUGUAGUUGCUUUUAUAAGAGGAAGUAGAGAGAAAGAGAGAGAGAGAGAGAGAGAGAGAGAAAAAGAGAGACAUAUAUAAAUACAUAUAUAUACACACUAGUCAAGAUAUAGCAACUUUUUAUAUUUAUAACGAUCAAAAUUUCUUAAGAAAUUAUGUUGACGGGCUGUCGCUUGUUGUUGAUUUUUGGCUGUGAUACUCGCAAUAAUUUCUAUGCAUUUUGUACAUAUACAGUCGGCCGCGGUGGAUUUGUUGGAUCGUUUUGUGGGACUUGCAAGAGCUCGAUCUAUUUUCCGACGUAGACACGAGCCUAAAGUAAGAAUGGAUCUGUCUGAAUGAUCUUUGUCGAUGUCGCAUGGUGAGAAUGAACAAGAGCGAAGCAAAAACGAAUCACACAAGACGAAUUGCAGCAGCGACUCAUCAACAUCACGACGAUAUUGUAUAUUAUUAUUAUUAUUAUUUACAAUUACAAUAUGUUCGUUGACUAUUGUGUUAGAAAAUAAAAACUACAUGGAGAAACGUGA